ACUCCAUGCAGCACAUCUCCCUUGAGAAAAGAUAAGGCACCUGUCACACUUUGCUGUUUCCUUUGCUGUCUGCCACAGCGAGAGCUCUGCGUCUGCAUAGCAUGGAAAUCGGCCACUUUUUGCUUGGAUUAUGUGCCCUUUUUUACUCUUACACGUCUGUUUCAGCAGAGUCAACUUGCAAGCUGAAGGCCAAGUUUAACCUGAACAGCUAUAAGGAUGUAGAGAAGAAGCAGGUGGUUAUUGGGGGAAUGUUUCCUGUUCACAAGCGUAUUGCUUCCAGUGAUGGCAACACUUCGAGGGUGCCUGUGUCCUCGGGGUGUGAGGGGUUUAACUUCCGCACCUUCCGCUGGACCCAGACCAUGCUGUUUGCCAUCAAUGAGAUCAACCAGAGAGACGACCUGCUGCCCAACACCGACCUGGGCUACGUCAUCUACGACUCCUGCUUCACCAUCUCCAAAGCCGUGGAGGGCACCCUCACGUACCUGACAGGCCAAGACGAGGCCGUACCCAACUACCGCUGUGGGACGGGGGCCCCUCUCGCAGCUCUGGUGGGUGCUGGGGGCUCCGACCUGUCCAUUGCUACGGCGAGGAUACUUGGACUGUAUCACUUCCCACAGGUCAGCUAUUUUUCCACCUGCUCCGCCCUGGAAAGUAAGUUCCAGUUCCCCACCUUCCUCAGGACUAUCCCCAAUGACAAGCACCAGUCUACAGCUAUUGCCAAACUGGUGCUACACUUCGGCUGGACUUGGGUGGGCACCAUAGCUGCUGAUGAUGAUUAUGGCAAGUAUGGCAUCAAAGACUUCAAGGAGCAGGUGGAGGAAGCUGGUGUGUGCAUCUCCUUCUCUGAGACGCUGCCCAAGGUUCAUUCCCCUGAGGACAUCCAGCGUAUUGUUCAAACUGUAGUUGAGGCCACGGCCAAGAUCAUCGUGGUUUUCUCGUCAGACGUGGACCUCAGUCCUCUCAUCCUCGAGCUGCUCCAGCACAAUGUGACCAACCGCACCUGGAUCGCCAGCGAAGCCUGGGUCACCUCUGCUCUCAUCAACCAGCCUGGGGUGAGCCCACUGCUAGGUGGCACCCUGGGCUUUGGGGUGAAAAGAGCUGACAUCCCAGGUCUUCAGCGCCAUCUACUGGAUAUAGACCCCUAUGAUGACCCACUCACUGAGGAAUUCUGGGAGACGUUGUUUAACUGCACAUUACGGCCCAGGUCAGCGAGGGGGGUUGCUGAUGGGCUGUGUACAGGCUCUGAGUCUCUGGCACAACUCAGAAACACCUACUCUGAUGUUUCCCAGUUACGGAUCACUUACAGUGUGUACAAAGCUGUGUACGCUGUGGCCCAUGCCUUGCACAACCUGGAGCACUGUGUAGAUGGACAGGGGCCAUUUAUUGGGAUCGGCUGUGCUGACAUCAGCAGCUUUGAGCCAUGGCAGCUUAUGUACUACCUGAAGAAUGUGCGCUUUAACGUGCCGCACACGGACGAAGAGAUCUACUUUGAUGAUGGGGAUGUAGAAGGCAUCUAUGACAUCAUUAACUGGCAGGUCAGCAGUAACGGCGAGAUAUCCUACGUCACUGUGGGACACUAUAAUGGCUCGGCAGCCCCAGAGGACAGGAUGACCAUCAUGAAUGAAUCCAUUUUGUGGAACAAUGAAAUGUUGGAGCCUCCUCGGUCAGUGUGCAGUGAGAACUGUCAGCCAGGCACCAGGAAGGGAAUCCGGCAGGGAGAGCCAGUCUGCUGCUUCGACUGUAUCCCGUGUGCUGAUGGAGAGAUCAGCAACUCGACCAAUGCUCGUGCAUGUAUCCUGUGCAGUUAUGAAGAUUGGUCCAAUGAUGCCCAUGACACCUGUGUGCCAAAAAUCAUCGAGUUCCUGGCUUUUGGAGAGCCGCUGGGGAUCACUCUCAUCGUCAUCUCAGCCUUCGGGGCUCUGGUGACCAUUGCUGUCGGGGUGGUGUUUGUUGCAAACAUUGGCACCCCUCUGGUGAAAGCCAACGAUGCUCUGUUGAGUUUCUCGCUGCUCUUCGCGCUGGUGGUGACCUUCCUCUGCUCCAUCGUCUUUCUCGGAGAGCCUCAGCACUGGAGCUGCAUGACCAGCCAAGUAGCCCUGGCCCUGGGCUUUGCUCUCUGCCUCUCCUCUAUCAUGGGUAAGGCAGCAGUGUUGAUGAUGAGAGCUCAGGCUCUGAAGGCGGCCCGAAACCGAGCCAAGGCAGCUGCCAAGGCUGCAAAGGCUGCAGCUGAAGCAGCAGCCAACAGCGGCAACCCUGAUGUCAUUGUAACCAACACCAUCAACAACAAUGAGGCCAGUGCCUGUGCUAACCCUGAAGUUGACAGUCUCACUUUUGGGCACCAGAGGGCGAUAGCGGCUGUGGCAACGUUAAUACAGGCAAUAGCAUGCACAGUGUGGCUCAUCAUCCUCCCUCCCCACCCGGUGGAGAACACCUCUGCCCAGAAUAUAAAGAUCAUUCUCGAGUGUGAUGAAGGCUCUGUGGUCUUCAUCUGUUGUAUCUUCGCCUAUGACAUCCUGCUGGCUCUGCUGGCCUUCGUCUUUGCUUUUAUAGCCCGCAAACUGGAGGACCACUUCAGCGAGGCAAAGUGUGUGACCUUCGGCAUGCUCGUCUUCUUCAUCGUGUGGAUCUCCUUCGUCCCGGCGUACCUCAGCACGCGUGGCAAGUUCAUGGUUGCUGUCCAGAUAUUUGCCAUCUUGGCUUCCAGCUUCGGCCUGCUGACCUGCAUCUUCCUGCCCAAGUGUUACGUUCUUUUGGUCAAACCUGAACGCAACGUAGAGGAGAUGAUGAGGCCCCGCGCCAAACCACGUGACGGGACCUCGACCGGGACGUCGGCCUCACUCGCUACAGCUGGUACUGAGGUUACUGCUACGAUUGCAUCAACUUCUAUGAAUGAUUAGUGCAGCAGUGAUAAGAACUAAACUAUACAACAGAAAUCGUAAAAUAAUUUAGAUGGCAGCCUUCAUUGGACGACUGGUCCAGCUGAUUAGAGGCUUAUUAUUCACACAUAUUUUACAAUCAUCAGGCCCAAGUCAAGUGUAGUGCGUUAGAUUGGAUUCAUUUUAAUUCAAACACCCACCAGGAAAGAACACCGCUACCUCAACCAUUACUACAUUCUUCAAGAGCAAUAUAAUUUUGCCUUAACUUGCCUUACUGUGAUGUCUCAACAGGUACAUACUCUGUCAAGUCUGCUGUUGUUUCAGUUGUGGUAGCAGAAUUAAAAUAAAGUUAACUUUCUUAUCUCAGAUGUCGUACUGCUGUACUUUUAGAUGCAAAUACACAUUUGCCAAAUUAUAAACAUACAGGCAUUUCGCUUAUGUUGAUGAAAAUAUACAUUUCAAAUGUUUAUGCUGUAAACUUACGAUUACUGUGAUAACCUGUUAUUGAUGUCAUGCAAAUGAAUGUAACUCUUUUGGCAUAAUACAUUUCCUAAUAAUAUAAUAAAUAUU